AUGUCCGAUAUUGAUGAAGAUCUGUUGGCCUUAGCCGGUGUGAGUAGUGGGGAAGAAGAAGAAGAAGUCACUAUUGGAACGGCCAAAAAGAGGUCGAAAUCCGAAAACAAUACCGCUAAUAAGAGACGUAUUGUGGAUGAAGACGAAGAAGAACAAGAAAGCAAUGACGAAGACCAGGAUGAUUAUAAUCCGCAAGGAACUGGUUACGAUUUAAGAGCUGAUUCUGGAAUUGAAGAAGAGGGCGAUGGAGAGGAGGAGUCUAACCCUUUUCCCCUAGAGGGCAAAUAUCUAAACGAACAAGACCGGACACAGCUCGAAUCCCUACCAGAAAUGGAGCGUGAAACACUGCUGUUCGAAAGAUCUCAAAUAAUGCAGAAAUAUCAGGAACGCCGUGUAUUGAAGGAACGUGCCAGAAGUAUAAGAGAGCAGCAGCAAAAGCGCCAAUCACAGAAGGAGGGGUCCAAGACACGCUCUUCUGGCAGGUCGAGCCGCACAACAGGCCAUAGUGACCUUAAAGAAUCGCGUCUCUCAGAGCUCAAGAAGCAGCGUGCUAAAAAAAGCGGAACCUAUGAUUACAGUGAUGAGGAGGAAGAGGGUGAAGAAGAAGGUGGAGACGAGGGAGAGGAUGAGUAUGGCUACCGCGAUGAUGAGGAAGCAGAAAGUGAAGACGACUACGAACCGCUUUACAAGCGUGGUAAAGAUUCUGGCGAGGACGAAGAACUCAAGUGGGCUGAAGAUGAGGAUUUGGACCGUGAACCAGACUUGGAAGACUUCAAUAAGGUAAAAAUAGGGCGUUCCUUUGUUAGCAAGUUUUGUUUCUACCCAGAUUUCAAUGACAUAGUCAAGGGUUGUUACGGUAGAGUCAAUAUUGGUGUUGACAAGCGUAGUGGACAGACAAUGUACCGCAUGGUCAAAAUUGAAAGGAUAUUUUUGCAAAAACCUUACAACAUGGGUAAGUUCUUUACAAAUCAAUACAUGGGUGUGACCCAAGGUAAAGAUCGUAAAGUUUUCCAGAUGAACUUUUUUAGCGAUGGCGCUAUAACUCGGCCAGAGUUUGAAAGAUAUCUGAAAUCUCUUGAGAAACAAGAAAUCAACAAGCCAUCCAUUUACAUUUUGAACAAUAAAUCGAACGAAAUCAGCAGCUUUGUUUCACAGCCGGUAACGUCUAAGUUAACUGACGAGCUGGUCCGUAAUAGAAUGGUAUUCAACAAAAAGUUAUCAGGCACUAACGCUGUGUUGGAGAAAACAAUACUGAGGGACAAGCUACAACACGCAAAAGAGUCUGGUGUAGAAAGGGACGUCGCCAAGUAUUCGUCACAACUGAGGAACUUGGAAAAGCGUUUAUCAUCUUACGAAAAACAUCACGAAAACGACCAGGCUGGCAUGAAAAAACUUGGCGCCCUUACUUCUAAAAACAGAAGAGUUAAUAUGGAUAAGGGUAAGAAUGUCGAUACUGUCAAGAAAGAAGAUACGCCAUUUGAUGCCAAAACUGAUCCCUUCAGCAGAUUGAAGACGAGGACCAAAAUUUACUACCAGGAGCUGCAGAGAGAGGAAAACGAGAAGGCUAAGGAGAUCGCUCGUCAAGAUCAACUCAAGAAGGGGGCCUUUGAUACAGCCGAAAAGGAGCGUAAACUUCUUUUAGCCAAGUUCAAAAAUCUCGGUGGUCUCGAGGAAAUUGUCAGCGGGAUGGAUUUCCAAUUAAAUCUGGGUCUCUAA